AUGUUAAGAAACACUAUUUAUAGAGGUUCAUUUGCCAGAAUGAUGACUACUGGUCAACCAAAUAUCGGUAGAUUCACUGGUAAGCCAAACCCAGUCACUGGUAAAUACACUGUCCCAUUUAUUGAAGGUGAUGGUGUUGGCCCAGAAAUUUCAAAAUCUGUCAAGGAUAUUUUUGCUGCUGCAAAGGUACCCAUCGAAUGGGAACCUUGUGAUGUUGGUCCAAUUUUUGUUAAUGGUUUGACCACUAUUCCAGAUGCAGCUGUUCAAAGUAUAAACAAGCAUUUAGUCGCCUUGAAAGGUCCAUUGGCCACCCCAAUUGGUAAAGGUCACAGAUCUUUGAAUUUAACUUUAAGAAAGACUUUCAACUUAUUUGCCAAUGUUCGUCCAGCCAGAUCAGUUCCAAACUAUAAGACUACCUACCAAAAUGUUGAUCUAGUUUUGAUUAGAGAAAACACUGAAGGUGAAUAUUCUGGUAUUGAACAUGUGAUUUCCCCAGGUGUCAUCCAAUCUAUCAAAUUGAUUACUAAAGAUGCUUCUGAAAGAGUUAUCAGAUAUGCCUUCGAAUACACCAGAGCUAUUGGUAGACCAAGAUUAGUUGUUGUACACAAAUCCACUAUUCAAAGAAUGGCAGAUGGUUUAUUUGUCAAUGUCGCUAAAGAAUUAGCUUCUGAAUAUCCAGAUAUUGAAUUACAAACCGAAUUGAUAGAUAACACAAUUUUAAAUGUUGUCACACACCCAGAAUCUUACACUGAUGCCGUGUCAGUAUGUCCUAAUUUGUAUGGUGAUAUCCUAUCUGAUUUGAACUCUGGUUUGAGUGCUGGUUCAUUAGGUUUAACACCAUCUGCUAAUAUUGGUGACAAGGUUUCCAUUUUUGAAGCUGUUCACGGUUCUGCUCCGGACAUUGCUGGUCAAAACAAGGCUAACCCAACCGCCCUAUUGUUGUCUUCAGUUAUGAUGUUGAACCACAUGGGCUUGAAUGAACAUGCCACUAAGAUUGAAAAUGCUAUUUUGUCUACCAUUGCUUCUGGUUCAGAAAAUAGAACCGGUGAUUUAGCAGGUACUGCCACCACCAGUUCAUUCACCGAAGCUGUCAUCAACAAAUUAUAA